AUGAGAAGAUGUGAUACAACACCAGCUUUGACUAUCUUCGUCGCUUACGCUCCAACAUCAAGCUACGAUGAAGAAGAAGUCGACGUAUUCUAUAUGGACCUGGAGAAGUUCUACAGAGAAGAUCAUGCCUUCUACAAGGUCAUAAUUGGCGAUUUCAACGCCAAGGUUGGCCCAGGAAGAACGCCGGAGGGACUUCACAUCGGGACCCACGGCCUACAAUGGAAUGACCAGAGGGAGAAGCUCUCUGAGUUCAUCAUGACGACUAAGACCAUCCAUGGGAACUCGCAAUUCCAGAAGCCCUCCUCUCUACGCUGGACGUGGGAGUCACCCGGUGGAGGGUACCGUAAUGAAAUAGACCACAUCAUCGUCAAUAGAAGGUUCUGCCUGACGGACGUCGCUGUUAUACCAAAGUUCUAUACGGGAUGGGACCAACGCCUCCUUCGAGGCAGAUUUUCCUUUACAAGGAGAGCAGAGAACGCCGCCAAAUUCAGAGAGAGAAAUCCUAGGACUAUCAUCAACUGGGAUCUCCUCGCCACGCUAGCAGGCUUUUGGGAAGAUUCCGCAAUGGACAACAUCGACGAGGAAUAUGACCGGCUUGUUGAACACCUUCACGAUUGCGCGAAGAAGGCUGAGAGUUUUAAAACCACCAAGAGGCGCCUGUCUCUUGAAACUCUUGAGCUGAUACGCCAGCGUGGAGCAGCACGAGCCGCAGGGAACCAAGAACUCACGUCCGAGCUCGCAAAGCUUUGCAGAGAGGCGAUAAAGGAAGACCUCAAGGAUAUAUAUAUAUAUAUAUAUAUAUAUAUAGACAAGAGGAUGGAUUAUUUAGUUAUCAUAUCCAAAUUUAUUUUGAGGAAUUUUAGGACGUUUUAG